CGUUUGGGUUUCCUAUAUCUUCUACUCUCAUGAAUGGUAAAUCGGUGUGGUCGCAUUCAAAUUUUACGAUAAGCUGAUUUUGAGCAGAGUUAGCAGUGAAACAUGUGCGAUAGGGUUUCCACUGGAUUUCGUUUUUGGUGGUAUUUGACAGAGGAAAUCGAUAGUUUCGAGAAUGAAAGAAAGAUCUAUUGUUGGUCCCAGAACUGGUAAAACAUUUGGAGUAACCCCCAGUCGCCAUCAAUAAUUUUCCUUCCAAAGAUACUGUCAACUGCGUCGUACGCAUCAAAGAUUUUGCGGUCUUCAAACGAUUUUCUGCCGAGGUGUAGCCCGUGUCCUGGGCCUGUACGUACGACUCUAGCUCGGUCCAUUGCAUGUCUUGAAUUAGUUCUUUCAUGCCAAAGUGCAUUCGAAAGAAAGUUCUAUUGUGUUCGGUCGUCAGACGUCGAAAGCCGUGCCAAAAGCGUCCAGUCCCAUCUCUCAGAGACAGUCGAACAAAGACGUAUCUGUCGUUGACACUAUUCAUCCGGUAGUCGUACCAUUCGUUCCAGAAGUUCUCUUGCGACGAUGAUGAACACGAUGUCGCUAAUGAUGAAUCAAUAUCGGUAGCAGAAGAAUGGGCCAUCGAUAGAGGAAUCUCGCUAUCUUUAACCGGCAUGCGAUCAAAAUCAUAUAUCCGAGAUGCAUCUUUCUCUCGUUCUUGUACAAAGAUUGCUUCUUCGGCAAAAAAUCGACCAACCUUGCGAGCUAACAGCUCUCUGCUGGAAAGAGAGUCAGGUAGCAUCGCGUUUUUGCCAUGGUCGUUCUCGUUAGUGACGUUUCCCCUUUCUAAAUUUAUCGGCGAUUCCGUCUCAUCCAAAGCAACUGUGAUAUCCUCAGCAUUCAGAGAUCGCCAUCUUUUAUGAGCGAAGCCCAUGUUCUUUUCAUCGCAAAUGGACAGGUAAUACCAUUGCCUCGCAAACAAUAAUUGGCCAAUCAUAUUCAUGUGGGUGUUUUCCAGCUGAAAUAGAGCAAUCUCAUCCAAAAACAUCAUGACAUUCUCAAUGAUAUUAUGGUCAUGUAAUAGUUGUAAUCGAGAUUUGGGAUUCGCUCGUUUGUGGUUGUGAGCAUUGAUGCCUUCGCUUUUGUUUUUCUUGUAGUCAAAGAUUUCCUCCAUAGCAGAUGAUAUGGAAUGCGGGUGAGUUCGUUUCUGAUUGCCUUGACUCGACUUUGGAUCGGAAGUCGAAUUCAGCAUCAACGAAAUCGUUGUCGUAGUUUCGCUUGCUUUGCGCAGGUCUUUUGCGCCGCAUGCUUCGCGAGCAGAGGAUAAGCGGGGUUCCAUUUUGAGGUUGAAUUAUGAAUUUCUAACGCUGGUUCUAUCGCAUCAUUGUAUUCCACUAAGACUUUGAUAUCGGCUGGUAUCAAACAUAGUGCAACAAUCCUGAUUUGAGAGCUUUUGGGUUUUGGUCUCUAUUGUAUUUUCCGACUCCAGGUGCCACUACAUCAGCAUCGUAGUAUUGGAAAUCGCCGAGGUCGUAUCGCACCUCAACUCUGUUUCCCUUGCCGUUUUGUCGACUUCGGCGCUACGAUAAGUAGGCAUGGGCAAAGCAUGCGAAUGUACGUAUGCUCCUUAGUGUCACGAGCAACUAUUUACUCGUGAUUUAGGUUGUACGUGUAUUACUGGCUCACAAAGCAAAAUCGUUACGUUAACCGUAUCUUCAAGGUAAUAAUCUAAGUACGUACUAAUGACACCGGACAGUACGGCAGUCAUAUUCGGGCUUAUCUCGUGACUUCAAAUCACUCCUGCUCAGCAAGUGGAACAGAUGAAACUGAAAAACUACUACUAAAAAAUAAUGAAAAAUGAUGAGAAGAAAAUCAGUAGGUGUUAGUUGAAAGCUGGUAAUGGGUCUGCAACGGAUACGUACGUACUGUAUUGAAAGGAUACGUACGUACUGGAAAGGAAGCAUACGUACGAUACGAUGCUCCCUCUGAAUGGAUGGAUAUACCAUUCCUACCUACAUAUCAUAAUAUACUAUUCAUAUAUACAGAUCAUACGAUCCUUCGGUUGAGGACCGUAAGAGGUCUAAGAUACYAUUCGAGAAUACCUCACGAAGAAUAGAGAUGUCACGAGUCCGGAACAGAGAACCUCCAUGUAGAAUCCCUACCAGGUCUACAUGAGGUUCCAAUCGGAACUUCGGAAUUCUCGUGAACGCGCUUGGUAAUCUUCGAAUAAUUCUAAUCUUAUAAUUUCAAUUUYCAUACACACUUAACACCUACUAAGAGUACACGUAAUCUCGUGCAGGGUCAUUCCUGGAAUACCAGAGGCCCUGAAUUUUGGUCACAAUCUAGGAUUUUGGGUAACAAAAUACCCAAAUCAUACUAGUGGAAGUUCCCCCGCCCCUCCUCUUGACUUCCACCAUCUGGUGAGUUUUAGUACUGAAGUAUGUUCUAGUACAGAUUAUGUGCAAAGUGCCUGUGGUGCCAUACAUGACUGCUUGGAUUCCAUUAUCUCUAUUCACCCAGCAGAAGACCAACUGAUAGGUCUAGUAGUAGGCACCUCGUAUUCCAGGAAUGACCCAAGAAUCAUGGUUGAUGAGCAGAGGUAGUACUACUAGUAUCAGCAUAAAGUCUGGGCCCUCCAGAACCCACACACAAAUCCCUCUUUUUGAAUUCCUCCCCUAGAAAGACAUGGGUUAUUUUUGGUGAAAAAUAACCCACAUUUAAGACACAUGGGUUUUUUGGGUAAAAAAUAACUUACCUUUCAGAAAUUGGUUUUGUCAAGAUGAAAAAUAACCCACAAAAGAACCCAGGAACCCAUGAAUAACCCACCAAAUUAGAGUCAUUUGUUUAGAUGAGAAUCAAACAUAGCCAUUACUAAUGUUAAUUUAAAAUUGUUUUUUGGUGUUUGAAAAUAGACCCAAUGUAUUUGUGGAUUAUUCAUGGGUUAUCUGUGGGUUUAACUUUUUGUAACCUGUGUUCCCAAAUGUUGCCACCUGCAAAAUCUAGGGGAAGAAAUUCAUUGCUACUGCUACUACACCACUACUACUCUACUUAUGGUAUUCCUCUCAUUAUAAUAUUAUAAGAAUCUUACUUAACAAAUAGAAAUAUAAUUAUUCAUUUAUAACACAUCACUGCACCUGAUGGUUGAAGUUACUAGAAUGCUCUUUACAAAUUCUGCAACAUCAACCAUUCCUUGAUAUUUUCAUAGUAGUACUAACAAGGAUCCCUGGCAACUUCCUUGAUCUCCUCACUGAUAAGUCAGGAUACCUUUGCUCUGCUCCUUCUACGCAAACAAAACAAUAGUUCCUCUUCACUCCUUCAUACUUUUCACUGCAUCUUUCUUCAUAUGUCUUUGUUCAUCAAUGCAAUGCCAAUAUGCAUGAGGAGCUUGAGUCAGGAGCUUGAAAUCUUUUCUUUCCAUUGUUGUAUAGUAGUAUGGAUGAGUUGUAUACUUUCCACCAUUCCUUCUUCAUGAACUUGUCACAUAGAAGGCUGGUCCUAUUUAUGUAGCAGGAAUGUACAACUCUGUAAAGCAACAACCAGAAGAGGAGAAUAGGAAGAUACCAUCUGUUUGUGCAAAGUGAUGUUGAAUAUUUUGUGUUAUCAGUUUGAUUGGCUUGGCUUCUACUGUAAAGGAACAUAUUGGCUAACAAAGGCAAAUCCAUUUCUGCUCAUUGUGUUCUUGACAAAGGAUGUAUAGAUUCUGCAAUUUUCAACAUCAGCCAAUGUAUUUGAGGCAAUUGCUUUGAACUAAAAACUCUGAAGUAGAUGCAUGCCAAGAAGAUGUAACCACAUGUGAAAUUCCACUGCUCUGUCAAUGACUCUAAAACACACUUCCUUUAAUUGGGACAUGUGAAGACAUUGUAUGAAUAGCUUGAGAAUCUUUCUCUUCUUUGUUGUUACCUGCCCCUCAACAUCUGUAGUAGCUUCAGCAGUUGGUCAAAUAUCAACUGUUUACUUCACAUGAUGGAUGAAAAGGUUUCCCCAAGUCAUGUCUAAGAGGUUUAUAAAAUUAUUUUGGAGUUUCUAUCUGGAUUUACCAAGCUACUACUGCUGUCUGUAGGAUAUCAGACCAUGAGUAUGAUUCAUAUAUAUGACACAUACACAUGACACGUAUCUACGAUUCAUACACACCAUACAUAUAUGACUCACGCGAUCACAUUGAUCCAUACGCUUGACAUGACUCAUUUCAUUCACUUACCUGAGUGACUCAACUCAUUCAAUUCACACAUCACUCGAUCCUCACAGUGAUCGAUUCUAGAUUUCAUACUAGCUUGUCGAUCCUCGAUAAGAGCAUUGACUCACUUUUCUUCUAGCACACACCAUUUUAUAUCACUAGUAUUAGGAUAGUCACUCCCACAGGUUAUGAUACCCUACUACACCAGAUCAUCCACCUGGGUCUGGUGGUGUAACAAACCAGAUUGAGUGAAUUUUCAGUACUGCAUUAUUUUGUCAAAAGUUGAUCAAAUAUCAACUUUUUACUUCAUGGCAUGGAUGAAAAGGUUUCCCCAAGUCAUGUCAAAGAGGUUUAUAAAAUUAUUUUUGGGUUUCUAUGGGUACCUUGCUGAGUUGUCGGUACUAAUGAAAAAAAAACACAAGCACCACCACCUUCAAGAGACUACUAGUAUUAGUACUAUUAUUAGUAUCAUAGGCAAUGUCAUGCAUUCUCACCAUUCAUUAGUACUAGUAGUAGUACUACUACUACUAGGAUUUCUACUAGAAUUCUGGUGGGUAAAAGAAAAGAAUACCCCAGUAGUACUAAAUGGAAAUUGACAGGGGGUGAACUUCCACUAUGGGUCAUUUUGGCCCCAAAACAAAUUCUUAUCCAAUUCGUGGCCACUACAAGUAUUACUACUAGUAGUGCAAGUAGUAGUAGGUUUACAGGGAAUUGAAUUAACCAUGAGUACUAGUACUAGCAGACCAAGAAUUUUUUAUUUGUGGUUGAAUUUGCUCAAAUGUUCAUUCGGUAAUUCGUUAUGUACGUACCGGUAUUACGUAUGUAUUCGUACUGUAGAACUAAGGAAGAUACCGAUACGUACAAGCAGUAGUAGUACGUACGUACGCACUCGUACUUUGAGGACUAUUUUUUUUCUGCACCGGUAUUCGUAGUCGUAUGAGAACACGGUGGGCCCGCCCAAGAGAGCUCCUUCCAGCCACUCAAAAAUUAUUGACCCAUUGUCGACUUUUUGUGAUGAUGGGGUUCGUUUUCGGAGGUGGUGAUUGGUGAUGGUCAUUUUCCUCUACGUUUAUGUCACUUCCUCUUACUUCUGCAAGGCGAAGGCACGACUAGGAGCAGCAAAAGGUAUCAGGUUCCGUAAUCGUACGGUACUACAGUAGUCUCUAAGGUUUUUUGAGUGCGAAGGGAAUCUUGGAUUCCGAAUGAACUUAGGCCUCCGAGGUCGCGUAGAAACGAAGUUACCGUAUGGAACAUAAUUUGAGAUUGGCAUAGCCCCCAGAAAUUCGUCUAGGCUGAGCAGAAUCCACAGUAUAGAAUGUACGUAAAAGGGUGUUAAAAAAUUAAAAAAUGACACACGAUGUUUCUUUCUGAUUCUUUGCUAAGGAUGGAUCUGCCGUACCGGUACAACAAUCUGGAACCGUUCAUUUGAAAUCUAUGGAAACUACGGGAACUUCAUUCAUCAAUGUUUGCUGUUCCUAACGUGGAUUCUUUUGUUUGUGCGUCAGGUCGCCGUACUGGAGGAAUUUCGGAUGAAUGACAAUUUUCUUCCGCACCCCCUCUAAAUAUUUCCACCAAUAGAUAUCUUUGAAGUUCAAAGCGUUCUGGAAGUUAGUUGUCGAUCAACAAGAACAUUGGACAACAGGAUUUAGUCCUGGAAGCGACGACAUUUAGUGUUCCCAACCCGUCGUCGGUUUUCAACAAAAUUAACGUCAUAAAAUCCAAAUAUUUAAAGAUUAAUUCAUUCUAAAUAAUUAUUUCGAAGAUGGUUGCAGCUGCUGGAGAUAAUCAAUGCGAGGUCGUCCUCGUCGGAUGUGGAGCCCCCAAGAGAGGAAUGGGAUGGUACCACGCCGUUCAGAUGAUCAAGGGAAAGUGCCCUUCGGCCAAGCUGUGCUACGUCGUCGAACCUUGGUUCAUGGGACCUGGUACGUUAUCUUGAGUCAAUUCAAUGCGUUGAAGUUUAAUCGUAUGUGACUAAUGGCAUGGUCGAACUUGGCAGUAUAUGAAGUUCAGAUUGGAUUGCCCCGAGAGUUUUGUAAUAUAAUGGUAUCUUUUUGUAUGACUCACGACACGUUAUCUUAUUCUCAAACAUCACAGGUGCUGCCGGACCUGGAGGACCUGAAUUCGGCGAAUUUCAGAAGGAAAACGAAGCUGAUGGCAUUCAAUUUUUCAAGGCCAUGGGCGAUCUUCCCCCGGUCGCUGAGGGAAAGAAACGUUUGGCUUUGAUUUCGGGACGUACCGCGGACAAUCCGCGCCUUCUCGGAGAGUGCAUUGCCAACGGGUGCACCACCAUUUAUUUGGAAAAGCCUGGUGCUCCUUCUGUUGCAGAGCUCGCAGCAAUGAGAGAUGAAGCCAAGGCCGCUGGUGUCACGGUUCUCAUGGGAUACAAUAAGAACGUCUGCAAAUACGUUUCCAAGGCCCGUGAAUACGCUGCCGCCAACGAAGGAUCUCACGUUACUUUUGUAUCAAACAAUGCCUACGAAAACAAUGCUGCGUCCUUGGGAGAAUGCUUUGAGCGCAACCGAGAAGGUAUGUUGAAAAACAUGGCCAUCCACGAAUUGGCACUUCUUGUCAGUUUCUUCGAUGUCACUGUUGAGACCAUCGAGAAGUGCGAAGCUGACAAGGAAUUUUCCUCGUGCCAAACACUGAAGGGGCCUUCUGGAGAUGACUUUACCGACUUUGACAAGAUCAAAUUCACCAUCACCACAAAGAGUGGAAAAAGUGUUAGUGUUCAAGCUGACCGAUGCGGAGGAGAUGUGUCUUGGGCGUCGGUCGCAAAUGCCGAUGGGAAAGAAGCCUUCAGACACUCUAUGCCCGAUGAGGAGGAUAUUGCCAACGUUACCGUUCUGAAAGAGGAAUACCCCGGGGCCAUGCCUUAUUUCUUCUCUCAGGAUCCUGAUUAUAUCACUGUAAAGGAACGUGUCGCCUCGUUUUGCGCGAAUGGAACCGAAGCCACCGGAAUUGCCACCAUUGACGUUGCUGUGGAGACCCUUCGUGUUGCCGAAUAUUUGACCCCCACCCUUCAAAAGCAACUUCAAGCAUAGACAGAUUUGAAAUACACACACCAUCCGUUUCAUCAUAACAUUUUAUAGAAUCGCCCAAAAUACCCUUCAAAUUCUUCAUGU